AGUAGACCGACUAAUGCACCUCCACUUCUAUGAAAAAUGUACAUAUUAUAUAGGGUGCUCUGUAUGGCCUGUAGGCACAAGAACUGAAGCUGCCUCUUGGAUGAGAGGCGAAAUGUCGAGUUGGUUGACAACCAUUGAUCUUCACACUAUUUUGCUUACCAGGCCACCUAGGCCCUACAGUCCCAAAUCUGUCGAGCCAGCAGCUUCUCUCCUCCGGGCAGUGUCGGGCCUCUCUUUUGGAGCAUCCUUGACUGACCACGCAGUUCUGGCAGGGAUUGUUCAGCUGCUGAGAAGAACACCACUCUAGUUUUCUCUUCUUUUUUUCCACAAUUUGACAUCCUCUUCAACAAUUUGGGUCAUUGAUCCUCUUGGACAGAUGUUUUACUUGGAGCAGCAGCAAUACUUACCUAUAUACAUCAUGACAGACAGCAACACUGGAAUGGACACACCACUACAAUACUACAGCAGUGCCGCUGGGGGAUAGAGAGAGAGAAGCUCGGACGAGUAUCAAUCUGUUUCUGUUCCACUGCUGGCCCAUGGACAGCUAUGCCGUCCCUAGUUUUUCAGGGACCACGUGCCAGCCUUUUCUGAAGCCUCCAGUGGAUUAUAAGGCCGUGCUUUCUGCUUCCCAACCUGUUCCUCUGCGUUCACAUUAGCAAGGACCCGACCUGGAUUCACCACACCAACACCAUUACAAAAACCGCAAGGCUCUUCUUCCUCCGCAGGCUGAGGAGGCUCAACAUGGAUUCCUGGAUACUCUUCAACUUCUACAGGGGACCACUGAAACUCCCAUAUUUCCUGCUCUGUUUCUUCAUCACUUAUUCAGAGCCAUCUCACUCCCACUCCCAAGUAAGAUCUACCGACCGGCUCCUCAAGGAAAUGGCUUCCAAACAGCAAAUGGGCUACAAGUGUCGUGUAGCAGGAGUGCUUCUUCUUCUCCUUGCCAGUAUUGCUGCUCUUGUUGCGGUUGCCAUCAUCCAGGACACAUGGAGGUCUAAAGAGUACACCUCAGAGUAUGGCAUAGUGAUAGACUCAGGUUCAUCUCGUUCCAAUGUGUACCUGUAUGAGUGGCCAGGGGAGAAGGAGAAUGAAACAGGAGUGGUGACUGAGAUAAUGAACUGUAAAGUUCCUGGUGAUGGUAUCUCAGAGAUGAGAGUAGACCCACAGAAAGAUGCUGCAUCGUGGAAAGGAUUCAAAGACUGCAUGGACAACAUCACCAAGGCCAUUCCUGCUGAAAAACACAAAACCACACCUCUAUUUCUGGGAGCUACUGCUGGAAUGAGACUGCUACAUAAGAAGGAUGAACGGAGGUCCAAUGAAAUCCUGGCAAAUCUCACUGACUACUUGAGUUCUUUGCCUUUCACCUUCCAAAAUGCUUCCAUCAUUUCUGGUCAAGAAGAAGGGCUGUAUGGGUGGAUCACAGCCAACUACCUCAUGGGAAACUUCCUUGAGAAAAACCUAUGGAACACUUAUGUACGCCCAGAAGGGGCAAAGACUGUCGGGUCCAUGGACCUUGGUGGAGCAUCAACACAGAUUGCCUUUGCAGUCCAGGAUGAUCUCAGGGGGGCUGACUACAUGCAUGUCAAACUGUAUGGUUACCCUUACAAUGUCUACACACACAGUUUCCUCUGCUAUGGCAAAAAUGAGGCUGAGAAGAGGAUUCUCGACAAAGUAGUCCAGGAAUCUUCUGACCCAGCCAAUGUUUUUAACCCCUGCUACCCUGACGGUUACAACACUACCAUGAAUGCCUCGUCCAUUUAUGAUACAGAGUGCACACAGAAGCCAAAAAGAUACAACCCAAAUCAAGAAUUCACAAUAGUGGGAGCCGCUGACUCAGACAAGUGCAGGAGCAUCGUGAAGUCCAUAUUUGAUUUCAAGACUUGCUCCUCAUCCCAGUGCUCCUUCAAUGGGGUCGAGCAGCCACCCGUCACUGGAGAUUUUAUGGCAUAUGCAGGAUUUUUCUUCAUCGCUAAGGCAUUGGAGCUGAAUGGCAAGUCAGAUCUUGAUAAAUUCAACACCACAGUUAAGAAAUUCUGCCACACAAAUUGGACAGUGCUGAGGAAAGAAAAGAAAAUGAUCUCCGAGAAACACCUUAGGACUUACUGCUAUGGAGCUCACUACAUCUUUACUUUGCUGGCAGAUGGAUACAAGUUUGACAGAGAGACCUGGAAAAACAUCAACUUCGAAAGAGAGGUAAAGAAAACCAGCAUAGGUUGGAGUUUGGGCUACAUGCUGAGUAUGUCCAACAUGAUCCCGUCUGAAGUGAAAGAAACACCGCCCAUGACAAACCCUAUUUUUGCCGGACUUAUCUUUCUAUUUUCAGCACUAACCAUUGUAACUGUUGUCUUAGUUUUCAUCAUCCUUAUUCGCACUUGCUAUUGAGAGUGCAACUUACAAAGGGAAUGAUCUGCCAUUGUAAACCUUGGGGGCUGCUGUAACCCUGUUAAGUAGCUGGAGAGCACUUUGGUAGCAUGUGUCAAGACACUUGUACUGAAAGUUACUAAUGAAAAUGUUUUCUUUUUUCAGCCUGAGCUAUUUACUGCCCUCUGUUUCACUUAUUAGAGUUUUUGAAAACUGAAGCAAAAGCUUCAAAAUGAAAACCUCUCACUGUGUAUCCUGCUAGUGUGUUUGAGUCUUUGAGCUAGCAUGAGAUGCGAGACUGGUUUCAUUGCGACUGUAAAAACUCUUCAAAACGUAUUAAAACAUUUUUUUUAAUUUA